GCUUCCUUGGCAGAAACAGAUAAAAUUACCUUGGAGGUUGCCAAGCUGAUAAAAGACGACUUCUUGCAACAGAAUGGUUAUACGCCUUAUGACAGGUUCUGCCCUUUCUAUAAAACAGUGGGAAUGCUUUCCAAUAUGAUUGCGUUUUAUGACAUGGCACGCCGUGCUGUAGAAACCACAGCCCAGAGUGACAAUAAGAUCACGUGGUCCAUCAUCCGAGAGAACAUGAGCGAAAUCCUCUACAGACUUACCUCCAUGAAAUUCAAGGACCCUGUCAAAGAUGGUGAAACAAAAAUCAAGGCGGACUAUGCUCAGCUGUUUGAGGAUAUGCAGAAUGCAUUUCGCAGUCUGGAAGACUAGACUCGACCUCUGUGACCACUCCAGUUUGUCCUCUCAAUUCCUCAUCUCAACUCCUCUGCUUCCCUACCUUACAAGAAUGAUGCAACAGUACUUGAGUUGAUAAAUAGCCCUAUGUUUUCCCUGUUCGUACUCGGAGAGUGUCCUUACAAAACAUUCCUCUUAGUUUGUGUUUGGCAUUGCUUUGUGCGUCUGAAAAGGUGAGUGAUGUGUGAAUGGGCCUGGCUGAGUGAGGAAAUGCUGUUGUACACUUCUAGGGUGGGAAAAAUUUCACCUUGCCUCUCCCAGCUCUCUUGGUAACCGGUCUUUCACCUUGGGAUGUAACCAGUUGAGCUGUACGGGCAGAGGAGGUGUAGAUCUUAAUGCAGUCACGCGGUACGUUCUGAGCUGGCAGUGGUAAGGGCAUUUACAUCUGGCACUUUGCUAAGUGACUAUCAUGACGUAGAACUCCCUAUUCUCAAACAGAAUUUUUGACCAUAUUCUGAUGACAUGUUGAUACAACCAAAAAUUCUUCACUGCUCUGUCCCUUCUGCAACCCUCAGCUGAGUCUGUUGGUAUUGAAAUGUAGUAGUUCUGGACCCCUCCAAGAAGGGACUAACUAGAAGAUGAGCACGUACAAGCAGCCAGUAUACUUUUGUAUACUGGAGAAAUAGAGUUUUAUUUUCCUACUUAAUACAGAUAGGACCGUUGGACUCAGCAUCAGCUAAAAUCAAACGCGUAGGUGCCCAGCUUCCAGCAGAAUUUUACCUUCUUGCCUCCCACUCACCCCAUAAAAUUCCACAACACUCAGUUGCUUUAGUUUGUGAAGCUUGCGACUGCUGCCGUGUACCGCAGGACAGGCGU